AUGAUCAGCUUUCAACACGCCUGUCUCCCUUCGGUUCUGGCGUAUGCUGCUGCUACCGAGAACGAUACGCAGGAUCCCCCAUCAGAGCAUGCUACGCCCCAGCCCGCUCGACGGGAAGUCCACAGCUCCGCCGCACGCGAUGUUGCCCCAGAGCUUAAGGCGCCGGUUGAUCCACUGGUUGCUGGUGUAAGUGCCCGACUGGAACCGCUGGAACCUGAACCAAAGAUCGAAGAACAAGAGCAGAAACAACCAGAAUCCGCAUCUGAGACCGUCGAGGAUGAGAAAGCUGAGCGUUCAUUCAAGAUGGCUCCGGAACCCAUGAUAUCGGUCUCACAGUUUGCGCACCAGUUUUAUCUACAGAGAUACCAGGAGUCCCAGAGACGUGCCAGCCUUCUCAGGGUCAGCGACCUUUACAUUUCCGUCCAUUUCUCUGCCAGGCUGCUCCGUGUCGCUGCCGUAUCGCACAAGGGGCUGGUCGACAGCCUCAGGCAUGGAGACAAGUCCGCUUUCGCUUCGGUUUACAAUGCUGUCCACGAGAUCCGUGAAGUCUGCGAAUCUACCGUCCGUCGCAGUAUCCUAGACCAUGACCCUUUGGUUGGAACCGGCUCCGUAAGGGGAAGACCACCCACGUUCCUUAAUAGACUCUCCUCCGAGUCAAGGGCAGAUCUUCUCGAGAUCUUGACCCUGGCCCGUACUGAUUCGCAGUUUUUAUUUGAGUGUAUCAGCAACCUGACUUCCUCGCAGCUUUCUGCGCUUGUGAGCCCCGUCCAUUCCCUGGAGAUUAGCUGUUCUUCGGAUGCCAGAGGAAGAAGCCGGCCUCCAUCUUCCUCAUCCUCCUUUUACAAGCGCGGUGCUACUCAUUCUCCUGCUUUCAAAGACUACGCUUUCUCCUUCGAGCGCACAGAUCCUCUCUUUGCGCUUGUGUUUAACGUUUAUUCCUCUACUUUGGAUCCCGAUUCCACGGAAGCCCAACUACGCCUGGACGUUUGGUCGUCAACCUGCGCCAAACUGAUAUCCCAUGCAGGCAGCGGAAUGUAUACAUUUGUCGGUCAUCUCCUUAACAUUUGGUCUGGACUCGGUGAAUGGAAAGCCAAAGCCAAGUUUGAAAUGUACCUUAUGGACAUACUGCAGAAUGGAGCUUUCCUUCUUGAGUCUAACUCCCGCAACUCAGAUAUGGAUGGCGAUGCCUUUGACCCCAUGAAAACAGACGUUGCUGAACAGUUUUUCAGAACAUCUGUGCAGGCACUGUUUGAAGUUCUCGAUGAUUCGGAUGGCGGGUUCCCAACCGGUUCCCUUGAGUUUGGAAGAGCCAUCAUUGACAAACUUGGGGUAUCGGAUACUUGUCGACGGUUUUUAGGCUAUCUUUUUUACCAGUGGUUCUUUGGCAAAUUCGUGCACAGCGCCAUGUGUUUCCCUGAGAGCCAUGGACUGCUGCUUGAUUUCCAUGUCACCAAGGAUGCCAGGGAACGCUUACUUGGACACAUCGCUCUUUAUGCUCAACGUCAAGUUUCUCAUAUCCUCCAGUCAUUGCCGCCAUUCUCCUACAUCAUUCCCAAAAUCAAGACGCAUGUAGACCGUAUGCUCUCUAGACUCGUCGAUCCGGUCAAAAAUACACCUGAUACCACCCCAUCGACCUCCCCCCUCGACUCCAGCUUGGUCCAAAGCUCCAUGGAACAGAAUAAUGCAGGCUCAGUUAUUCUCCUUUCCACGUCUGAUAUACUAACCAUACUGGAUGUCUUCUUCCCGAAGUCGCCCACUUCCGGCUCUCCUGACUUGUUCUCCCAGCAAACUUCCUUCCCCUCCUCACCGGCAUCAACCUUCUUCCCUCGCUCUAGCCAACCACUUCAGUCAUAUGAACCGGGUCUCUUCCAAGGAAGACUCGACAACCUUUCAUAUUACCCGCCUACCGCAAAAACUAUGUUCACCACUGAGUUAAGUUUCCAGGAUGCCACAAAAUCCUACUUUGUACGACCUAGCAAACCGUUAACACCGGAAUCGCCCAAGGACCCCAAGAUUCGCAAGGCAGAUCGCAUUCGUGAUGAGAUCAUGGAGAUUCGGGAGUCAGAAGAUAGGCCGAUGCUGGACCACCCUGCAAACGAGGAUUGGGCGAUGUUCUCUGUCAACGGCAGGAAACCGGUAGGUCUGUAUGCAACCGAUGCCGAACAGUCUAGCCACCAGAGCCCUGCCUUUAGAACCGAGCUGCUUCGCAACCAGGAUAAAAUCGAAGCCGCGGUUGUGAAGAUCGUUCACGAGUUUGAUUUCCCCCGAAACCAAGCUCUCGGCCAAUCGUCACCAUCCCCCACCGCAAAUGGCGAACUCAGUCUGAAGAAAUGGUUCCUUCAUGCAAUGGGAAUGUGCCAGCGAAAGUCAGAUUUUUCUGGUGCUCAUUUCUGGUGGGAAGCCUCCCUUGCUUUGCGUGACGCAUAUGCGGAAUUAGGACAGACUGUGGCAGACACGAAGUACCUCAGCCCCAUGUACCGCUCUGUUACACAAUCGGCAGAGCUGGACUCGAACAUGAUUCAACGCUGUGAACAAUCGUUUAUUGACCUCAAGAGAAAGAUGGACGUUCUCCAGUCCCAGGUUAAUAAGACAAUGGGCGUCAUGGCACAGCUGCGGAACAAAAUGUGGUAUAUGACGGACGUCAAGAACUCGCUGCGCUACGAGGAUGCAAAGAAUGUGGCUUUGGCUUUGAAAAACAUGGCCCUUGCUCAGGCUACACAACCGCCCGCAGAAUCUAGAUCAAGGGCGGGAGCACGAACCCUCGGCGGAUCUUUCCUGCAAAAGCCCGAAAUACAGGUCAUGAACGUGAUGCGAGCCGCGAGAAGCCAAGGAGGCCCCUUCAAGCUGGCCGAUGAACAGGUAGAGCUUACUCGAAAAUGGCUCCAGCGCUUUGGAAUAGAUAAUUUCUGCCGAGGUGAAGAACGAAUUCAUCGGUUCUGCUAUGAGGUCAAAACCAGUGUCAAAAAACUUGCUGGUGAGACCAUGUAUGAUACCCCUGUGCUCUGGUCUAGCGAGCUUUUUCAGCGUGAACGGUCAAAAUAUGAGACAUCCGGUACUAGGCCGAUGAGCGGAAGUGUGCGCCCGUCAAGUAUCGCAAGUGAAGAUUCACUGGGGAACCCUAUGCAGCCUCCGGCCAUUAGAUCUCUAGAUCAGCUAUUCCGGCCUCCAACCGACCUGCCGAUGCCUCCACUCGUCCGGAAGUCGUCCUUCCAGAGCGUAGCAUCCGAUAAAUGGCAGACGAACGGAAACGCAUCUUCGAUUAGCGAUUCCCCGGGUAAGACUGUAUCAACUGCUACCACGGAUUCUAUUUACCCAUACUGGUCCCCGAUGCAGACCCAAACCCAGUCCAUAACGAGCGCCUCAAGCCUUCGGUCACGGCCUCCGUCUAUGUUCAGCGAUAAUAUGCCAUAUAGGCGCCCCGAACAUAACGCUCAUGGCAAACACACUUUCCUGGAUGGCCUCAAGCGGAAUUUAACAAGUUUACUGCUGAGUGACCUUGGAUGUCCCGUUUGGAGCUGCGGAUCAGAAACCGACGCCUGGUUCUCUGCCUACUUAAAUCAACCUCGAGUGCAGAGCCAGAUGGAGAAACGUUCACGACUUGACAGGUUCCUAUCGCAAUGCUCGACUUCUUUGAUGGAAGAUUUCCGUGAACGGGAUGUUGCCGGUGGGAAACUUCGUCGAAGUCGGUCUACACCCUCUCUAGGAUGUAAGGCGGGUGCAGCUCAACAAUCUAAGGAGAAAGGUAUCAUCAGAGGAGAGGUGGAUGGCGAGUAUAGCUUCGGUUACGAGGAAGCCUUUGAGCAGCUGAUGGACAAGUUCUCACGUCCAGCCAAUCCAUACGUGAAGCUGGAAGCACUGCACGAGAUGUGGACUCUGGUAGCGACAUCUUUGAGCAGUAGCAGAGACGCCCCUUCGCUGAAUGAAGCGCGAUUACGCCAUUCGAUGGAUGGAGUCUACAGACGUAACAGCCUGCAGACCCGCCAGCAACGGCGCAAGUCCAUCGACGACCAAACACCCACUCCCUCCUCACCUGGACUUAGCCCUGCUGAAGUUCCUUCAGGUCUCUCGAUCGAUGCAGCGAUGAACGAGACACAAAUCACAAACGCUCUGCGAGAUCUGAUCCAGAAGUACCAGCCCCGAACCCUUUUCCGAGACCUGCAGUUCAUCUCUUCCUUCGUUCCAUCCGACAUCCUCAACAAAACCGAAAGUGGAACUGCCUUCCUCCAGUUCAGUCUUGCUGCCCUCAAGCUCAAGGACGAUGUUUGCAACAGCAUGAUUGAAAUCGCCGAUAAGAUCGUGUGUGAAGAGCUUGCUCAACGGCACCGACACUCACAACCCAUCUCGUACGACUUCUCCCCCAAAGUCGGCAACGGGAUCAAAGAUGCAGCGAAUAUGUGGAUUGUCACUGCCAGGGAAGGCAACCCUGUUGCUCAGCGAGAGCUGGCAAUCCUGUAUCUUACCCACCCACACCUACUCCGCCCCGUUACACUCCCUCUCACUAAACCCGGGGACACCUUCAAAGCCGAAGUGAUGUAUCGACAAGAUCAGGAUUCCAAGUCCGACCCCCAGAACAUGUGCCUGGCUUUGCACUGGAUGCAACUAUCGGCCGCUGGAGGUGAUGAGCUGGCCAAAAACUGGCUCAGGGAACGACAGGAGUUUGAAUCCAUCUCUUGA